AUGUUCACCAAGUUGGUCUCCCUACUGGCCACCUACACGACUCUGGCCGCUGCCACAUCGUUCCAGCUACGCUCCUACGCUCCCAAAGAACCAAAGCUCCACAACUUUUGGGUCAACGCCGGAGAACAACGUUUCUGGGUCAACCUCUCCAGGCCCGACACGUACUGUCCAGACUUUUCUGGAGCGUCUUGCCCACCCGGCAACACCACCGUCGUAGAUGGCCGCUUCAGCCAGCUCAAGACCUUGAUGUCAAAAGGACAGAGAGUCUACCUCGAUCCGUACGGUGUCAUCAGCUACACGGUCGGCGACGACGCCUCGGCCGCUUCCAUGCCAGAAGGUUCGAAUUUCAACUGCUUCAGGGCUGUGACGAUCAAGGCUGCCGACUCGUCCCAGGAGAUUCAGAUACUGCGGUUCAUCAACCUCGACGACGUCUCGAAGGCGGACCAGUCGUUCUUCUUCGCUUGUCCGCAACAGGGACGAGAACAUCACUUCCUGCGAGUUCGGUGGACGUCUCAGCACAACAACCGGGACUGGCAUCUUGAUUGGGACAGCCAGUGUACGCCCCUGGAGGGUUUGAUGCUGGUGGAGAGUGACGUCGAGAUUGGGGCGCACCAAUAUGUCUGA